AUGAUGCACUGGGAGCGCGAAUACUUCUGGCAAGAAGAAUACACGGAGCGUGCGUGGUGUAUGGAAUGCGUGAAAUGUGAGGAACUCUCGGGCGCCGAGGGCAACUCCGGAUGUCGUGAUAGCAACUCGAACAGCUUUGACUGUGACAGUGAGGAUCAGCUCUGGUUGCAGGACUGUGGUGGUCGAUCCAAGGGUACUGCGGUCUUUACUAUUGUGCGCCACGACUCGUCGGAUCAGAUUCGUGUGCAGGGAUCGGAUCUGUGCCUCACGCUGGUGCGUCCGCGAUUCAUCAACCUGCAGCCCUGUGACGAGGCUGACAUUCUGCAACGUUUCCGAGGCUUUGACCGCAAUCAGCCAUUUGACUUGCGCCCAGUACUGAACGACGAAGGCUGCCUUACGCAGUCACAUCAUCCUAGAGCUGGCGAAGUCGUCUUUAAUGGUGGUUGUGAAUUGGCUUACUUUUGGAAUACUGCACUCUGGGAUGCCAUUCCCGCCUAG